GAACGAGCUGGUCCCCGAACGACCCGUGUGCUCCAGAGACUCACUUACACCAGAACCGACGGUUUCACCACACCCCGAUCUGCCCCAAUCUACAUACCAACCAAGCGCCUCCCUAACCGCUCUACAGCCCCACACCCGACUCAACCGUUCCGCAUUGCGGGGAAAGGGGAGGGGUUUGGCUGGUUCAGGGCCCUAAGCCAGCAACGACGAAGACAGCGACCCCGAACACGGCCAGCCCAAACCGCGACUGGCCGGCACCGACGGCCGGGACGGCGCCGUUGAUGGGCGUCGGUGUGCUCGCCGGGCGGGUGCUCGUCCCCGUCGUCUCCGUCUCCGUCCCUCUUCCCGUUCGCCGUGCCGUGCCCUCCUUCUCCCUCUGCCUCGCCAGAGGAGGAACGAGGCGGUGCUGCCGACGAGGAGGUCUCCUGGGUGGGGGAGGAGGAAGAAAAGAAGGAGGAGGAGGAGGACGACGACGACGACGACGACAGCGACGACGGGAUGGUUGCGUUGGUGGAAGGGAGCGCUAUGUCGCUUGUGCCCGCGGCGCUCUCGGGGGGGAAGCUGUCCGUGCCCGUGAAGGGGGGUUGCGGCGGGAGGUCCUGGGACGAGGUGUCCGAGGGGAGGCUUGCGAAGGAGUCGGUUGGUGACAUGGCACCGGUGGUGAUGGUGGUGGUGGUGGUGGUGAUGAUGAUGGUGGUCGCCGUCGUCGUCGUGGUUGACGUGGUCAAUCUUGCGAACGAGGCGGUAAAAAGGAAGAUGAGAGACGGCGAUUUAAGCUGCAUCUUGCGUGGAGUGUUCUUGUGGGACGAGUACAGUGUGUUCAGCCUUCUGAAGAGAGGUUUAAGUGCGACCAAGUGUGAUCCCAAGGAAGGCGUGGUGAGAUAGGUGAAAG